AUGUUUAAAAGUGCAGCCUGUAGCGAUGAUGACCAUGCCCCGAGGCGCAUGAGAACUAAUGACCGAAAUUGUUGGGCAGCACCAUCGCUGUUGGCAGAUGAAGGCGCAUGGCGAAUUCUUGAACAGUUCCUCACUACUGACAUGAUGUACCCUCAGAUGGAAAAGGCAUUUUCUGCAUACCUCGGCAGUCGAUACAUCGCGGACGACUGGAAGGAUGCUAGAGACACGUUAUUCUCUGGCGAUGGCGAUGACAGCAUCGCCUUAGCAAACCUUGAUGCAUUAAAGGUCAAGCACAUACCCCUACUGUCGUCUUCAUUAAGGGUAAACAGCCGCCUCUCAAGCACUCCCAUUCAACGACCGUGUAAACGCCCCCAAUCGAGGACGGACUCAAGCACUCAUGCUCAACAACUGCGUAAAUGUCUCAAACGAAAUCCGUACACCAUUACUGAAGCAGAUGAAAGUGAAAGAGAAGAGGUAGAUGUCGAAGAUGAGGGUGAGGACGAGGUCGAAGAUGCCCCUUCUGUGCGAUUGCCUAAGGUUGCACACUUUUCUGGACCAUCAGCUAAGGAUAGGUUGGCUUCAGCAUUCGACAACAUUUUCGAUAGGAUCAGAGAGAGGCGAUCCUUCUCAUUAGAAAUUCACCAGACUCACUCUUGCAAGGCUGCCUCAUCCUCCCGUGCAAUCGAAGGCAGAAUGUACCUCCUCCAUGUUCAGAGAAAUGGCGCAGAUUACAUCGCUGAACACCUUAGGAGUCAAGGAUUUCCCAUUAUGGUGUCAGCAUGGGCAGCAGGCCAGUUGUAUGUUGUCGCAGAUAGCCCUAAAGCUAUCUCAAUGUUGCUUCCAGCCUCAGAUAGUUUUGCCAUUAAACAAUACGUUCGGAUUUCAGACGAGGAGCGUCAGGCAGUCAAACAUUUAAGGUCCAAACUUCCCAACCCAGGGUGGGUGAGGAUCAAAUAUGGAAAGUAUAAGGGUGACAUGGGAUAUGUCUUUGAUUCUGAUCAAUCGAAUGGUUUUGUUACCGUCUUGAUCGCUCUCUGGGACUUUCCCUAUCCCAUGCCUGCCAUUCAUGAUAUUAUCCACAAUGGAAAAGUCAUGGGAUGCUCUUAUAAAGGCGAACUAUACUAUAUGGGACUCUUAGUGAAACAAUUUCACUGUGAUCGCCUAGAAAUCGUUGUAUCUCCUCAUGCUGAUGACAUCCGACUGCAUAUGCAGUCUGGGUGGGACACACCCUUCGUCAAGAAAACAUUGUUAGCGUUUUUGAUGCAAUUCUUGCGCGUAGGCGACCCUGUCAAGGUCAUUGCAGGAGGAAUUUGCUCAGAGGCCAGUACAGUCGUCUCGACGGAUCACACUAUUGGCUCCGCGCACUUGGAAAUAACCCUCGAUGGACAUCAAAGAGAAAUUGAUGUUCAGCUUGAAGAUAUAGAGCAUAUCUUUCGUGUCAGCGACGAAGUUCGAGUUGUUGCAGGUCCAUACUUGGGUUUAGAGGGGCACAUUAUUCAGAUAUGUGAUGAUGUGUUCCACGUCUGUCAAGCAGUCUCCAAAGAAGAGGUACUCAUUUCGAGGUACUACUUAGAUCGUUGCCCAUUGCAUCACGCAUUUCAAGCGUCGCUACCCAUGCAGCAACGCUUCGAGCCUCUUCCUGAGUCCGAUUCUAUAGAAGUUGGGGAUCACAUAGAAGUGCUUGCGGGCGAGCACUGGAGGAAAUGCGGCGUCGUGGAGUGGUUUUCUAUGGGGGGCACCAUGCUGUGGUUCCGGGAUAUGAACUUCACCUUGGCUGUCGAUGAUGUGAAAUAUAGUGUCGUACCGUCAAGAAUUCAAGUUCCUACGACAGUUGUUCGGUGGACCAAGCUCCCCGAUACCCUCGAGUACACACAGGAAAGGGGCUAUGAUGUGAGGCCCGGAGAUGUCAUCGACAUCCCAAUCGGAUUCGUGAUAAAGGUAUGCAACGCGAGCUUGGAUUCCUUUAAUAAGGUCAUUGGCCAAGAAGUUUUUAUUGUUGGGGGCGAAUGGAAGGGAUACCGAGCUACGCUAUACAGCGUCGGUUCAGAGACUUGCAGAGUUGCUGUACAUGGGCAGCCACGUAUUACACUCAGUCGCCAGGACAUUGUGACUAGCUAUGGAAUGAGAUUGAAUGGUGCGAUGCUGGAGGGACCGGACCUGGUUUCUUUCUGUGAAAUCUGGAAAAGAUCCUAUACAAUAAUAAAGCAACAUCGAAGCAUUACCCCCCCACCUAUCCAGCUUCCAGCCAGUUCUUCGACCAGCGCAGAUAGCAGCUUGCCGUCUUGGACUUCCUGGACCGACAACCAAGAGGGUACUGCGUUUCACGAAUCAUCGAACAUCACACUCAGCUCAUCGACAUUUGACCCCUGGAUUGUCAAUCCUCGGGACACCCAGGAUAAUAUUGAUGCUAGAGCAGAGAAACUCCAAGAAAAUGGCGGGUUUUCUUUGGAGGAAUCAGAUGUUUUGCUUAUUUGA